AAUAAGAAAAGAAAGAUUGAAAAAGAAAAGGAUGAUGAGGAUGUGAAAAUAAUCAAAGUGGAAAAAAGUAAGAGAUCGGCUUAUCAAAGUGUUACCGCUAAGGAAUUGAUGAAACAAGUGUUGGUAAAUCUCUCUGAUAAGCAUAAACAAGCUAUUCAAAAAAUUGGAUUUGGUGCUUUUUUGAACUUGGAUGCACCACAUUAUGUGGAUUCUUGGUUGACACAACAACUUCUUUCGAAUUUUGAUCCCAAGAGAUGUUGCUUGAUGCUACCGGGGAGAGAAGAAGAAAUACUCUUUGAUGAAAUUGAUGUUCACAUGACAUAUGGAUUGCCAAUGGGAGAUAUAGCAAUUCUUGAUACAAUAGAAAACAAGAAUGAAUGUGCAAAUUUUAUGCAAAAAUGGAGAAAAAAACUUUCACCUUAAAGUGGUAUGAAUAUUUUUAUGUGUACUUGUAUUCUAAACUUGUUAUUUGGCUUAUGUUCUAAUGUAUUUUAAUAAUGUUCUAAAGUAUUUUUGAUUAUGUUUUAAGAUUUUAUAUUAUGUUCUAUUAUAUUUU